AUGUCUGACACGCUGGGCUCAUUUGGCAUGCCGAGGAGGAUGUCUAUUCGAAAACCUUAUCAGCGUCGCCAGUCAAACACAUGGCGCGCAAUAGAGGAGUCAUGGGAAGAAGAUGUCGACUAUAUCUACGACAACGCUCUAGAAGCUGACUGUGACUUCGAAUGGGAUCGAGUAUCUGAUGACGGUGUUCGCUGUUGCGACACUCCUUCUGCUGAGCAAGCCAAUCGUCGCAACUCCAGAAUCACUUCCGCUGAUCGAGAGCGUUUCGCUUCUGACAAUUUUCGCUCAUCUUUGCUGGUUCCCAGCACAUCGAGUGUGCCAGAACUGGUUCCGACUUCUGCGAUAUCCACAUCUACCCUCAGCACUGGCCUGCCACCGACACCCUCAGGAUUCUUCCAUGCCAACCGUUUCAGCGGCGACACUGGCUUCAUGCUAAGCCCGUCCCUUCUUGUCCCGCAGGAAUACAAGGAUACACGAGAAGUCACAUAUGAGGACUUGCUUGACGAGUACGCCGCGUCCGAUCGGCACUUUCCCAUGCUCGACGCCGGUCGAAGCACGACGAGCUCGGCGCGUAGCAGUCACGUCCGACUAAGUAGGCGAAGCUCUUAUGACAGCAGCCUCAUGUCCUCUUCUCAGAGCUGCGGUCUUUGGAGCUCCCCUGUGAGGCGCUCGGCAAGCUCUGCCGGCAGUGUCCCAGAGCUGAUUCCGUCCCGUCGUAGCCGCAAGUCGCUUGGCUUCAGUCUUGCAGCUGAUCAGUUUUCAGAGCAGAUUGCCUUCCUUAACGAAGACAAGGAGGACGAUGACAUUACGCCACCAGGGCGUACCCUGGAAGGGCGAACAUUCUUCGCUUCAGACGACGAAGCGCCUCAAGAUGAGGAGCAAUCUCGCAGCUCCAUUGAGACCGAGCUCAGAGCCUCGCUUGAUUUGGCUCGACGUGGCUCACAGCGUGCCAAUCACUCUACUGUCGAAGAGGAACUCAAGUCGUCGCUCGACCUUGCGCGCCAAGGGUCGCAGCGUUCCACCCGUGCACCAGCGCGCCAGCACAAACCCGCCCUGUCUGAAGGUGCCGCCAAGUUCCUUUCCGUCUCUGCUCCGAAGGAGGAUCAACCAACCAAGCUACGUAACCGCGCAGCGACCACCGCGCAGUCUCGCUCCCCUAUGUUGUCUCUCUUCCCAACACCCCCACGCAACAUAUAA